AUGUGGCUUUUGAGGCGCUUCGGCCGCUGUUUCAGCCUCGCGGUGGCGCAAAACGGCGGCGCUCACGCCCUGGCACGCCGCUCCGCGGCCCGGUUGCCGGCUCCUCCAGGGGCCAGCAGAGGGCUUGUGACGUCGACACAGUACCACAGAGAUAUAGUAGAACGGGCGGGCGCCUGUUCUAAGCACGUUUCCCACGACAACGCGGCGCGACUGCUCUCGCAGUUCGUCGACGGCGGAUUUGACGCGUCCAGGCUGCGCGGAUUCUUCGCCUCAGAAGGGGGCAGAGAGGGAGGCAAGGGGCAGGGGCUCAGCAUCGAAGACUACCUCGUGAUUCUACAGCUUUGCAAGCAGCUGGAGUUCCAGGAUCUGGACCUCCUGUCUUCACUCUCGGAGGAUGUGCGACUCGCAUUCGUGAAAACGUACGCCAAGCCGGUGAAAAAAAGGCGCGGCAGGGUGCCGGUAUCAAAGGAUGCCGAUACCAGCACCGCUGCUGAUGACAGGCCUCGAUCGGUGCCUACCCGGGAAUUCCAGGUUGACACGUCGCGGGUGCCUGCCCUAAAGGAUGCUGUGAAAGCUACCAGCGUGAUUUUCAACGAGCUACGGAUACUGCACGACCCUCUGUUCGCCACCAUAGGCGACCUGCUGUUGGAGCGCUCCGAAGAAAUCUCAACGGAAGAAGCGGAGCUGUUGUUACGCACGUACGCAACGCAGAACUACAGGGAUCACGCCGUUGUCAAUCUGCUGGUGCGCAAGGUUGAGACGGAUGUGGAAAGCAUGGGAAGGGGUACUGUGCUGAGCGUAUACCGAAGUCUUUCACACUUGGAAUUAAUAUCGCCGCCACUGUGCUCGGCCCUGGAAAAUCGGCUGUGCCGGCGCAGCGACGACGGGAACGAAAUACGCUUCACGUUCCACGACGAAAUUGACGUCAACCAGCUGGUGAAGUUAGGCUACUCAAAGCUUAUUCAAGGGAGUGCCGAUCCCGACGCGUUCUGCGUUGCCGAGAAGCUUCCGACCAGCGCCGCGUCUCUGACCGCUAGCAGCAAACGGAAGUUGACGACCUUGAUGGCAUAUCUGAAGUGCCUUAGUGAGCCGUGCUACUCUACCCUAGGAGAUAAACCCAUCGAUUCUCUUAACGAGGCGAUUUGCGCUGAUGGCGGGUACAAGAAGUUCCGCACGACCAAGUUCGUGGAAAAGGUAGUAGCCACUUCCCACUACUUAUCUCAUCAACAGGUUUCCGAGCACUUGACUAAGCUGCGCAUUCGGCACGAAACGGGCAUUUACGCAAACGGAGUACUGCUGGAUAUCAUGGAGAAGGAUCGCAACGUCGUUUGGCUGUGCAACUCGUACCACCGCUUCUACGCGGCCAGCUUCGAUCCCACGGCGGAGAGCAAGGCCAUGGAACGCUUGAUCAGGGCCUUCGGGUUCAAAACGUGCCCUAUCAACUACUACCAGUGGGGCAGACUGAAGGCUAAGAGGACGCGGUUCGCCUACCUGCGCAUGGCGCGCUACUACGCGCUGCACGACCAGAGGGAAUACGACCACAGGUAUGCCGGAUGGAGCCUUCCCUACGUGUGGUGGAACGCUUCGCGCCAGGACCAAAUGCACGUGUCAAACUACAUCAAGUACGAGCCUUGA